GGGUUUGAUAACUUUAUCUUUUAAAUUUUGUUUUUUGUUUUAUAUGCGGAAAAUAAAAUAUUUAUAAAUAAUAUAACUAAAAAGACUAAUUCAUAAUGCAAAAUGUAUCAUUUGCGUUUGAGAAUUACACUAAUGCAAGUACUGUCCAACAACGUGUUACCUUUUCAUAUGAAGAAAAAUUGGCCAUUUGGAUAUGCUACACUUUUGUUACUUUAAUAGGUAUAAUAUCAAAUGGCUUUGUUUCUUAUCUUAUUAUUUCUAAUCGUAAACUUAGAACUAUCGUCAAUUUGCUAAUUUUGAACCUUGCAAUUUCAGACAUAUUUGCGUGUUUAAGCAUGUUCCCCUUUAUCUACAUUGACAUAGCUGAGACUAGAAUACGAGGUACUAAAGCAAAUUUGUUAUGCGGUUUUACAGAUGGCUUGUUUGGGUUCUUUGCUGCAGCCGCUGUUUCAUUUAUAACUUUAAGUCUGCUCUCUAUCACCAGAUAUCUGAGCAUAAAUCACCCGUUAAAAGUAUCAUGGAGACUUAAGUUCCAUCAUAUGAAAUGGGUGUUCGGAUUAACUUGGGCAUUAAGUUUGGGCCUUGUUAUUCCUAACGUUAUAUCAUUUAAAUACAAUGAAAACUUCAAGCUAUGCACAAGGAAAUGGGCUAGUGGUGUUAGUCCUCUAGUUUACUUUACUUUUACAAUCAUUUUAGGAGUUUUGUUUCCUUUGUCUUCUCUCUUAUUCACAUACUUCGCCAGUUUGUAUACACUGUGCAUCAAAGGUCGGUUAAGUAAAACCUCAGUUGCAUCAAAUAAAAGCAGUAAAGUAAAACAAAAAGCCCUCAUAUGGUUAGGUGUUCUUGUGUUGGUUUAUUUAAUUUGCUGGUCACCUUUUGUUAUAUACUGGUUUUUUUCCGUUGUCAUUCGUAAAUACUCAGUUAAUAAUUACGAGGAUGUAAGAAAAGCCAUUCGCCUUACGAGACUAACAUUAUUUUUUGCUGCAUCCAAUUCUGCACUUAAUCCAAUAAUCUAUGCAUACAAAAGCAGACAGCUGAGGUCCGCUUUUAAAUUAUUAAUUGGAUUACGUGUUCGUGCUAUAUCGAAUUCAACUACACGAAGUACUUAUCCGCUUUUAAAUAAACAGCAGACCUUUGAAAUAUCUUCUGAAUGCUCGUAAAAGAAGAAGUACUUCUAAUAACUCAAAAAAACGUUUUAUUUUUUUUUUUUUACGCGUCUAAAAUAUCACUUUUUUAGUAGCAGUUUUUUCUCGGUAGUUUCAAUUUUUUUAUUAGUAAUCUCGGUAGUUUCAAUUUUUUUAUUAGUAAUAUUGUGUGUGCUUUGCUUAAGUCUUUUGCAAUAUUAUGGCAGCUACGAAACUGUAGUUAAUUUAAAGUUAAAAAUUGUCGGUAAGUAACAGGAAGAAAUUAUUGGUAAAAAGUUUUAUUGUUUUAUAAAAUAAGACCAAACAAGUUGUAAAUUUAAAAUUCUGAUCAAAUAACUUGCUAAGUUUAGAAACACUUCAAUCGAUUAGAAA